AUGUGUUACUACGGUGGAUACUAUGGAGGCCUUGGCUAUGGCUAUGGUGGUCUAGGCUAUGGCUAUGGCUGUGGCUACGGUGGCUAUGGCCGUUAUGGUGGCUAUGGUUAUGGUUGCUGCUGCCCUCUGGGUUAUAGGAGGUAUUGGUCCUAUGGCAUCUACUGA